AUGACGACGACGAUGAUGCUCCUGUGCUUCCUCCUCGUCGUACCGCAAACAACAACCUCACGCGGUGGUGGUAAAAAGACCUCAGUCUUCUUUGCGAACGCGCAAAAACAGCAACAAAACGACGACGCGCUUUGGUGCGAACCGGAGAAUUGCUACGAUUUGUUGGAGUUGCACCAGCACAACGCGACCAAGGCGCUGAUUAAAAAACAAUAUUUUAAGUUUUCAAGAAUGUACCAUCCGGAUAAAAUCGAUACAUACGCAGGCGCGGGCGAGGAGGACGAUGAAGAAACGAGCAGCGGUAGUGAUACUACUACUAACGACGAGGAUGCAAAACUCGCGAAACGACGAAAAGAGAUGACGCAAAAGUUUGCGAAGCUGGCUCGCGCGUACGAGGUGUUAUCGGACGAAAGGAGACGUCAGGAUUACGACUACGCGUUGAAGUAUCCGGAGGAUAAAGAACGAAAUAGAGCGAUGUUUUACAGAGACAAGUACUCCAAUCAGCAAGGGUUAAAGGCGAGAUUUACGUACAUCUUUCUCGGGAUUGCGAUUGUGGUGACUUUGUUUCAGUUUUUUAACGAUAGGAGCGUGUAUAGAAACGUUUGGUUAGAUUUCAAGGCGUCCGACAUAUACGCGAGGGAGAUGAAGACGAGGUUGAAGAAAGUGAACGAAAAGAGGAUGAUGGCGAGCGUUGGUGGUGCCGGGAAGAAAAGAGGAGGAGGAGGAGGCUCGCUAUCAGCCAUGAAUAGGGAGGAUUCCAAUUCGUCUUUGAACAACACGUCGACGAGCGGGAAUAGUAACAAUAAAGCGCACGCCAGUAAACGCGAAAAAAAGAAGUUCAUGAGAAAUCGAAGCAAAGAAGACGAAGAGAGAGAUAUAUUAGACAUCGAAGACGAGAUGAAAGCGCAGUUGUUAGAACAAGGCGUGUUGUCGACGCCAACGUGGAAAAACUUAGCCGUUGUUAUCCUUUCGAAAUGGGCGGCGAAGAAGGCGAAAGAGCUUGGCGCAAAAGCGAAAGCGAAAGCGACUGACCUCUCGAAGAAGAAAAAGUAG